CCAAUCACACUCUAGCCUGAUGCUGGAGCCCGGCGUCAUUUCAGCCUCGGCGGCGCAACAGACAUGGCGACGACGCUGACAGUGGUCCAGCCGCUCACUCUGGACAGAGAUGUUGCCAGAGCAAUUGAACUACUGGAGAAACUGCAAGAAUCUGGAGAAUUACCAGGACACAAACUACAGUCACUUAAAAAAGUACUGCAGAGUGAGUUUUGUACAGCUAUCAGAGAGGUAUAUCAAUAUAUGCAUGAAACCAUAAAUGUUAAUGGCUGCCCAGAGUUCCGUGCCAGGGCUACUGCAAAGGCAACAGUUGCUGCUUUUGCAGCCAGUGAAGGCCAUUCUCACCCCCGAGUGGUAGAACUGCCAAAGACUGAUGAAGGCCUUGGCUUUAAUGUAAUGGGAGGAAAAGAACAGAAUUCUCCUAUUUAUAUUUCUCGCAUAAUUCCUGGAGGAGUAGCUGAGAGGCAUGGAGGACUCAAACGGGGAGAUCAGCUGCUUUCUGUUAACGGAGUGAGUGUAGAAGGAGAGCACCAUGAAAAGGCUGUGGAGCUUCUGAAGGCUGCUAAGGACAACGUCAAGCUGGUGGUUCGCUACACCCCCAAAGUAUUGGAUGAGAUGGAGGCUCGCUUUGAAAAACUAAGGACAGCACGACGCAGGCAACAGCAACAGUUGCUAAUUCAGCAGCAACAGCAACAGCAGCAAAAUGCACAGCAAAAUCAUAUGUCGUAGAUGUUUCACAAGAAAGAAAUUCUAAAUCAAGAAUUCAGCAAUGUAGCAGUAAAGCUGUGCUUUGUAUUCCAACAUACAGUAAAAGAGCAGCAGCAAUGGCAACACAACAACUGCGUUCACCAGCAAACUGUGA